UACCGGCGUAAUAUUUUGUCGAAGCUCCCCGCACUAAAGAACCCCACCAUCAUUCUUUCUCAAUUCUCUGGACACAGAACCACGAGAAGCAACCGCCAUUGAUCAGAAGCUGCUUGCGUGGGAAGAUAACCUACACGCAUUAUUUGUUCUUGAGAUGUGCACUUGCUGAUUUGCUUUCGCUUGCAAGGACGCCAGCCUGCGAGCAGAGAACAACUCACCCAUCUUAUUCUUUCUUUCUUUCUUUCUCAGUUACAGGCUCUAAGCUUUUAUUACGAUUACAAUGGCUGAACAGCGAGUUAAUGUUCAUAUACCGCCCCACCCCGCCGUCCUAGAUAGCGUGCGACUCCGUGACAUUGAGCUCCCUCUACCUGCCGCCCCAGAGGCAUGGCAUCGGCUUGGGAAGUCGCAGCCGUGCACUGUGUCUCUGAAAUUAUCUUAUUCGUCGGCCGUUGCAGCUGCGAAUGCGGAUGAUGUCUCUCUUUCUAUCGACUAUGGGAAGCUUUACCGCCGGUUAGAAGAAGACAUUCGCAAUAUGGGGCAGCAUGAGGAACAUCCAGGGAAACGGAUGAUUAGCUUGGAAGGCAGCCGACGAAAUUCGAUGAUGAAGACUGAUGUUGGUCAGGAUGUACGACUGACGGCGGCCAUUGUUGCCAACUGCAGCCUAGAGUUACUUGAUGAGACUACGGCCGGGGUUAGGAGAAUGUCACACUUGCAUAAUGCUGCAAAUCAACCACCGGCCUCGAAAUCCCCUAUUGACGGUAUAUUUGGUCGAUGUGAGGUUUGGUUAAAUCUCCCCAAGGCUCUGCUGCGUGCAGAAGAUGGCCUGAAAUACCGUAGCGUCACAGUUUGGGGUUACAAGCAAGAGAACGAAGUCGCAGGCAGCCUUCAGGACUCUGAACGGUGUCCCGUGGUUCUAGAAGAAGAAUUCCGCAUUGAGGGCAUAAGAUGCCAUUGUAUUCUUGGUGUCAAUUCCCACGAGAGAGUUGAGAAGCAGGCCGUGAUCAUUUCGCUAGAGUUUAAGGGCCCGGGCCAGUUGGCAUGGGGAUCAACUGUGGUAGACACUUACCAGGCAAUGACUAGAGCUGUCGCAGAGCGCGUGGAGGAAACCACUUUCCAAACCGUGGAAGCACUAGCGACUUUUGUCGCGCGCAUAGUGACAGUUGAGUUUGCCAACGAGCGCGUGACAGUUCGAGUAGAGAAGCCUAGCGCGUUGGCCUUUGUGGGAAGAUCAGGGAUAGAGAUCACCCGGUCCCAGGCUUUCUUUGAAAGAGCCGAGAUGGAUGGAGGGCGGGUAUAGAGCAUAUACGGAGUACAUAACAUCCUCUCCGCGGUCCGCCCUAACACCGCCCAUGACGUCAUGUGAGGCUUGCGAUGGUCUCCGUAGCCGAUCUGUAGUUAGAUCUACCAAGUUCCUACCAACCUGAUAAUUGUAACGGUUAAGGUUAUGUCUCUGUCUGUUUGAAUGAGGUAAAAGUAGGACCCAAUGACUGCCGCACGUGAAGACCCGCGCUCCCCGAUAGGGCUAGUGCCGCUUAG